AUGUCCCCCGAAUCAGACUCACAGCUCGAAACAACCACCGCCUCCACCCUCCACCUCCUAGAAUCGCGCCUCCACCGCCUCACAUACCUGCUAACGGGCGACACAACAUGGACCGGCACGCCGAACCCCCCGCCCAAACCAGCGUCAUAUGACGAGACGGUGUCGAGGCGCCUACAGAGAUUGGAGAGUGAGCUGGAGAACCUAGCAGGCAGGGUUGGCGUUGUCAGGGACGUGCUGGGGCUGUACGAGCGCUUCCCAGACCUCUUCAAGCCAACCUCCCCCUCCGCCCUCGCAUCAACAACAGAAUCAGACCCGUCCACCCCCGACACACCACCCACAAGCACAAGCACAGAACUAGAAGAAACAUCCCCCCCGCUCGACGUAAUGCACAGCAUAAUCCUCUCCUACGCAUCCCUGAUCCCCGAAACCGCAUCAAGACUGACAAGUCUCACCGAUACGCCUGUUCCCGACGCCAAUCUCUCCGCGGCCCUGAUAGCACUUCGGCCGCGCAUGAGUAUGCUGAGCGCGAGGCAGGACGAGCAGAGUCAGGAAGUUGCGGAACUGCGCGUGCGCACGGCGAAGGUUCUGCAGCGAUAUUAUGAGGUUGGGUUGCUGGGGGCGGGGGAGGUUUGGGGGGAGUGGGAGGGGAGGCUUGAGGGGGUUGAGAGGGGGGUUAGAAGGGUGGAGGUUGCGAGGGAGAGGGAGGGGGUUUGA